GGGGGUCUGUGGCCAGGUCGACGCCGUGGCCGCCGCCGCCGCCGCUCGGUCGUCGUCGUCGGUCUGCGGGAGGCGGGUUAUGGCGGCGGCGGCAGUGGGAACUGUGAAUGAGUUCUCCGGGAGGACGAGGGAAGAAGAAAGGCUGCGGCGGCCCCAGCAGCCAGGUGCCUCCCAGGCCUCCGCCCCCCUGCCAGGCCCCCGCCCCUCCGGCCGCCGGGCGGUCCCCGGCGCCCGGCUCCCCGCAUAAGCGGAACCUGUAUUACUUCUCCUACCCGCUGGUCGUCGGCUUCGCCCUGCUGCGCCUGGUGGCCUUCCACCUGGGGCUCCUCUUCGUGUGGCUCUGCCAGCGCUUCUCCCGCGCCCUCAUGGCCGCCAAGGGGAGCUCCGGGGCCGCGCCGCCGCCCGCCUCGCCCUCAGCCCCGGGGCCGGCGCCCGGCGGGGAGGCCGAGCGCGUGCGGGCCUUCCACAAACAGGCCUUUGAGUACAUCUCCGUGGCCCUGCGAAUCGAUGAGGACGAGAAAGCAGGACAGAAAGAUCAAGCUGUGGAAUGGUAUAAGAAAGGUAUUGAAGAACUAGAAAAAGGAAUAGCUGUCAUAGUUACAGGACAAGGUGAACAGUGUGAAAGAGCCAGACGCCUUCAAGCUAAAAUGAUGACUAAUUUGGUUAUGGCUAAGGAUCGUUUACAACUUCUAGAGAAGCUGCAACCAGUUUUGCAAUUUUCCAAGUCACAAACGGAUGUCUAUAAUGACAGUACUAACUUGACAUGCCGAAAUGGACAUCUCCAGUCAGAAAGUGGAGCUGUUCCAAAAAGGAAAGAUCCCUUAACACACACUAGUAAUUCACUGCCUCGAUCAAAAACAGCCAUGAAAAGUGGAUCUACAGGUCUUUCGGGUCAUCAGAGAGCACCUAGUUGUAGUGGUUUAUCCACUGUUUCUGGAGUAAGACAGGGACCUGGUCCUGCAGCUGCCACUCAUAAGGGUAUUCCAAAAGCAAAUAAAACAAAUAAGCCCUCCACUCCUACAACUGCUGCUCGAAAAAAGAAAGACUUAAAAAACUUUAGGAAUGUGGACAGCAACCUUGCUAACCUUAUAAUGAAUGAUAUUGUAGACAAUGGAACAGCUGUUAAAUUUGAUGACAUAGCUGGUCAAGAAUUGGCAAAACAGGCAUUACAAGAAAUUGUUAUUCUUCCUUCUCUAAGACCUGAGUUAUUUACAGGGCUUAGAGCUCCUGCAAGAGGAUUAUUACUGUUUGGUCCACCUGGAAAUGGGAAGACAAUGCUGGCCAAAGCAGUAGCUGCAGAAUCGAAUGCAACCUUUUUUAAUAUAAGUGCUGCAAGCUUAACUUCAAAAUAUAUGGGAGAAGGAGAGAAAUUGGUGAGAGCUCUUUUUGCGGUGGCUCGAGAACUUCAACCUUCUAUAAUUUUUAUAGAUGAAGUUGAUAGUCUUUUGUGUGAAAGAAGAGAAGGAGAGCAUGAUGCUAGUAGACGUCUGAAAACAGAAUUUCUAAUAGAAUUUGAUGGUGUACAAUCUGCUGGCGAUGACAGAGUACUUGUAAUGGGUGCAACUAAUAGGCCACAAGAGCUUGAUGAGGCUGUUCUCAGGCGUUUCAUCAAACGAGUAUAUGUGUCUUUACCAAAUGAGGAGACAAGACUCCUUUUACUUAAAAAUCUGUUAUGUAAACAGGGAAGUCCAUUGACCCAAAAAGAACUAGCACAACUUGCUAGAAUGACAGAUGGAUACUCAGGAAGUGAUCUAACAGCUUUGGCAAAAGAUGCAGCUCUGGGUCCUAUCCGAGAACUGAAACCUGAACAGGUGAAGAACAUGUCUGCAAGUGAGAUGAGAAAUAUUCGAUUGUCUGAUUUCACUGAAUCCUUGAAAAAGAUAAAACGCAGUGUGAGUCCUCAAACCUUGGAGGCAUACAUACGUUGGAACAAGGACUUUGGAGAUACCACCGUUUAAAAAAUUGACUUUGAAAGCCUGCAGAGCAUUUUACUUAAGAAGAAACACAUCUUCAAUGAAUAUUUAUCAGUUAUAGACUCAGCCUAAGUUUACAGGAUUUUUCAGAGUUUUACAAUUAUUUGUGCAGUCAACUUGAAGGUGAAUGAGAAAACAAACUUAAAAUAUACAAUGUGAAUGGAAAAUUUUGUUGAUGGUUAUGGUUAUCUCAAUGGGCACUGUUAAGUUAGAGCACAACAAAAAUGAAUCUGAUCUACUUUACCAAUGUAAUCAAAUGUAAAUAAUAAUCUGUAUAUCAGGAUGCAAAUGAAAGUAUUUCAGAGACAGUGAUGGUAGAAGACACCUUUGGUGGUUUGUCUUGUUUGUUCUUUGUUUGUUUGUUCUUAAAAUAGUAUUUUUUUCUUAAUUUUCUCUCCUACUGUCAUCUUACCUAUCUGUGAUUGGAAUACCAAACAUUCUUUUAGUUUAUUUUUUCUUCUUUUCUUUCUACAAAUCCAGAGUGCCAAAUGAAAAGUUUUUCUAAUAGAAGUAGGAAAAAGCUAUUUUGAGGCUUUUUUCUUUACACAUUUAGUAAUUAAACAUUUAUUUUGUUUUGUUUUGUUUUUUACUGUCUUAUUACCUGCUGUGAGACAAUUUAGGAAGCAAUUCAAGAGCAGCAAAGCAAAUUGAGUAAAAUAGAGAAGGUUCUCGUUACUGUCAUAUUACAGGUAGAUAAAUCCUCCUGCAGUGUUUUUUUUCUAAUAAGUCAGAAAUCUUAUUAUAGACUGUUAACUUAUUCCAGAUAGUAUUUGUUUUCUGCUGGAAUUAUUCUGAUAUUUAAAAGAGCCAUUUGUAACUGCUAUAAAAAUGGUUCCAUCUGACAGAAGGGAAAUACUUGGAGCUAAUACAUUUCUAAUUUGCUUAUUUCUUACUGUUUACAGGAUAAUUACAAAUGAGUGAAACUACCGUCUUUUAUUCUUAAUAAUUAUGAAUCCCUUCAAUGAGGCUUAAAAUACUGAAUUUUUAUAUAAUUGCAUACAUUUUAUAGAUUUUGUGUGCUCAGUUUAACUAAAAAGUUCUAGUCUGUUGAUCUACCUUAUGUUUCCACAAACUGUACAAUAAUUCUGCUUGUUUGUAUAAAUAUGCCUGCAUUUUUAUUAUGAAAAUGCAUUGUAGGAAGUAGAAAUUCGUAUCAUGGCCUUUCAGAUAUAAUAAAGGCAAAUAGAUGUUUGCCCCUAGUUUACUGGCUAAAAGUUUGUUUACAGAAUUUUUCUUUGGUGCUUAAAGAAUGCUAUGUAAAAUGUCAUGGGUGGAAAGAAUAAUUUUGUAGUAGUAAUGAAGAUUGUUUUUAUUUAGCAAAACUGUUACGAGGGAAUAAAAACACUUGCCCUACUAGAUAAGAAUUUUAUAAUGAAAAUAUACAUUCUCCUUAAUUUUAUUCUUGCUAUUGUUAAAGAUUUAAGAAGAGAAGAUAUAUGAUUUCUUAGCAUCAUAUGCUGUGUGUUGCCAUAGCUUAAGUCAUGUGUCUUUAGAACUCCCAGUAUAAUAAAAAAUGAGAGGAAAAAUAGGAGAGAAAUCCACAAGAGCCAAACCUUGAAGGUUUGUACCUUGAAGGUCUCAAACAUUAAAGCAAGUUUAUUAAAUACUGAUUAAAAAAUAAAGGUGAUAGGUAACUAGGUGUAUAUGAUGAAAACAAUUGGAAAAUCCCAAAUUUCAGGCAUUUUAGUAAAGCUCAAAAUUUCAUUUUGUUUUCAAUUAGGAAGGAUUAAUAUUAUGAAUAUUAGACUGUUGGCUAAUCAUGUUGAAGUACUAUGUAGGUCUAACUCAACCUUUUAAACAUAAUCUUUAAUUUCUCAUGAUUAUUACAUUUCUAUUAGGAAAGAUUUUAAGUAACAAGUUUUAGAUAUUAAAUAUGUCAUUAGUACCAUUAACAUUGAGUUGAAGUUACCUUACUGUAUUAAUAUUUAUCAGUGUAUAAAUUUUUCUUUGCUGAUGAAGUCUGAAGUUCAGUUAGUGCUAGAGAACUAUUUUCUAUUUUAACCUGUGGUUCUUAAGUAGGACAGUAGUGAAAACUAAAUAAUGAUAUAGUAGGAGGUAAGGGAUUGGCUUGGUCUCUUUUGGUAAAGAUAGUAUUUUCUGAAUUGUUAGAUUGUAACCUUUUCGAUUUUGUCUUGAUCUCUCUUAUAUUCCUAAAAGAUGAUGCAUAAACAUUAUACACUAGUAUGUUCUUCGUGUCAAUAUGGCAGAUUUGAAAAUUAAGCUUACUGAUUAUUUGACUUUGAGUCAAAGGAAAUAAUCCGAUCUUUCCACAUAUAUUAGAAGUAAAAGCUUUUUCUGAGACAGUCUGCCCAUUGAGGUUAUUAUCCUUCUGAAUUGCAAAUAUGUUUUGUGCUCAAGGAGAACUCAAAGAAAAGCAUAUAAAAAGAAUCUUAAUUUAAGUAUGUAUACAAGCAGUCUUUGUUUAUAGUGUAAAAUUCUUUAUAUUUUGUACAAAAACUAAUUCUUUUGGUAAAUGAAUCAUUUACAGUUCACUUUCCUUUAUGCUUGUCUCAACUUUAGUCAGGUCUUUUGUACUUCUCUCCAGAGAAACUUAAGGAUACAUCCGUAUUAAUUGGGUUUUUAUCCUAAUGAAUUGUAAAUAAAUGAUGAACUUUA